AUGUCCAACUUCUUUCAACAGGCUGAGGGUGCGCUCGAGAACUUCUCGCAGCAAGGCGGAAACAACAUGGGUAACGACAACAAUCAAGACCGCAACCAACAAGAUCAGAACCAGGACCAGAACUACAACGAUCAGAGCUACCAGGACCAAAACCAAAACUACAACGAUCAGGGUAACUCGCAGUACCAGAACCAGCAGCAGAGCUCCAACAACUCUGGCGGCAGCUUCUUCAAGGGCGCCGAACAGGCUGGAGAAGAUGGCCUCAUCAAUACCGAGUUGAACAACUUCAUGAACAAGGAGGGCGUUCCAUCUGGCGCAGACGGCGCCGUCGACGCGUUCGUGGACAAGGAAGCGAAUCAGUAUCUUGGAGGUAACAACAACUUUUGA